AAAUGCGAAAAGAUUUCCGUACGCUAGCCAUGGAAGGAAGGAAAUGACGUAAGCGGGAGCAAUUUCUCUCCUCACACUUUAACCAUUGAUUCCCUAUGGCAUAAAAUAAUUUAUGACGGCGUUAGGCAUUGCUGCUAGCAAUUGCAGAGUGACAAAAACACACACGCAAACGCAAUCAUCUGUUAGCAAAGCAAAAGUUUGUAAGGGUGCAUUAAACCGAAUCGUAAUGGAACGUGAAGAGACCUCAACCUCAUUCUGCAAAAAUGUUCCCAGUCUCCUAUCAUCUUUCGUUGAAACCUUCGUUGACUUCUCAGUCAGCGGUCUCUUCCUCCUCCCGCCGCCGCCGUCACCGCCGCCUCUUCCUACGCGGCUUCCCUCGCCUCGCCGCUUGGUCGCCGUCGGUGACCUACACGGCGAUCUCGAGAAAUCCAAGGAGGCUCUGCGCAUUGCUGGCCUGAUCGACGCCGCCGACCGCUACGUUGGAGGCUCCGCCACCGUGGUGCAGAUCGGCGACGUCCUCGACCGCGGCGGCGAAGAGCUGAAAAUACUCUACUUCCUCGAGAAGCUUAAGCGCGAGGCGGCGCGUAGCGGUGGCAGAAUCAUUACUAUGAACGGAAACCAUGAGAUCAUGAACGUUGAGGGCGAUUUCCGGUACGCGACGGAAUCCGGUGUCGAGGAAUUUAGGGUUUGGGGUGAAUGGUUCCGAAUUGGGAACAAAAUGAGGAGUCUCUGCCACGGUUUGGAAACGCCGAAAGAUCCUUUGGAAGGGGUUCCCAUGUCCUUUCGCGGCGUGAGGAAAGAGUUUCUUGACGGGCUUAGGGCCCGGGUAGCAGCGUUGCGGCCCAACGGCCCAAUUUCGAGGAGGUUCCUGACGCAGAACGUCACCGUUUUGGUCGUUGGCGACUCGCUUUUCGUCCACGGUGGGUUGUUGCCGCACCACGUUUCGUAUGGUUUAGAAAAGAUUAACAAGGAAGUUAGGGAUUGGAUUAACGGUUCGAUGGGUCGGUUUUCGCCGUCUUAUUGUCAGGGACGAGACGCUGUCGUUUGGUUGAGGAAAUUCUCGCAUGAGGUUGAGCAGAAUUGUGAUUGUUCGGCGCUGGAGCAUGUUUUGUCAACGGUUCCUGGGGUGAAGAGGAUGGUGAUGGGGCACACCAUUCAGACCACUGGGAUUAACGGCGUUUGUGAUGAUAGGGCGAUUCGGAUCGACGUGGGCAUGUCUAAAGGGUGUGGUGGUGGUUUACCUGAGGUAUUGGAGAUUAACGGCGCUUCUGGGUUGCGGAUAUUGACGUCAAACCCGUUGUAUCUGAAUAAGGGCAAUGUGUCUAGGUCAGAUGUUGGGACGGAACAAGGAAUUGACUUUAUGGUUGCAGAACGCAGUGGACCUAGGCAAGUGGAAGUUAAGGCUUAACUGAGAACUGGGAUAGCUCAUGGAACAACUUUGAUUUUUCUGGAGCCUAAGCUCAGAAGGUAUUUCUUCACUUUGACCUUUUGUUUGGUGAUGGGGUUUGGAGCUGUCACAUGUUGCUCAUUUAUUUAGCUUCGAACUUUAUGGUUAUUAAAUUCGGGUGGAUUGUAAAUGAUUGAUCUGGUGAAUGAUUAUUUUAACUCCCACAUUGUUUCAUGAUGUGCUUGUUCUCCCUGAAGAUGAGUGUGCACCCAAAAGAUUGGAUGACCUUUAUCAUAUAUCACAAGAUUUAUAGUGACCCAUAAACAUCUGUUUUGUGUGGGAAAGGAUAGGGUGCAUCUGGUGUUUUAAAAAUUGUAGAGAAAGCAGCUCCUGCAUCAAAUAGUUCACUUUUUUUCUUUUGGUUAUUUUUCAGAUAAGCCUCGUGGAUGGUGAAAGAAAAUUGAUACGCAAUGAAAAUGGAUAGGCAGUCGCCGCAUUCUUUUGUUUUUCAUUUCCAUUGCCUAGUUGAUGUAUUGGCAGCAUUAGGCUUUCACGGAACUUUUGUCAGUGUGGUUUCCAGCUUCCACCCAUUCUCCUGUAGUCCAUACAUACAAUUUCUUCUUCUUUUACCUUUUGGUUGUCUAUUUUUUUCAAAAAGAAAAUGUUAGGUAGAAUUGAAAAUAUGGUUUCUUCCAAAGAAGGAAACUCGUAGAGGCACUCUUCUAGUUAUCCAACCCACCUGCUGACAGCAUAAGCUGCUGAGAUCUCUCACUUCCAUCAAGGCCUGGAGCACACUCAGAAAUGGGGGUUUGUUUGCUUGAAAGCACUUGCAGUUUAUAAACAAUGGAUGCAUUUUAAUAAAAUGGACUGUUAAGAUUUUAAGAAGUGGGUACGUGCAGAUUUUAAGAAUUCCAGAAUAAUAGUUUGAUAGCCCUGAACCUAUACGGUUAGUUGUAUUUUGUGACAUUUUAUAAAUGAUGAUGGAUAGAAACUUGUAU